AUGGACGGUACAAUUCCGACGCUCACUGUUCUAAUGCGGUUUAUGCUCUUCAACUACUAUACGCCAUACUACAGCUUUUGUACGGUAGGUAAAGAUUUCCUCAGCGACUUAGCAGUGAGCAGAACUUUGCUGUCCGUCAACGAUCGAUUCGACUCCAAUUUGCUGCUCGCCAUCGACAAUGGUUGUCAAGCAUUCGUGGUCGAUGAACCGGGCAUUGAGAGAUUUCUACACCUGUAUAUCCCCGUACACGAUGUGGCCCGGCAGCGAUCGUUGGAUAAAAAACUGAUACUGCUAAUAACGCAACAAAAUCAAACGCAAGUGUUUGAUCGAUUACGUUCGAUGGACGUUUUUCGUGAACUACCGAACGUGCUGCUGGUAGUGUACGAUGAGCAGGAGCUUGCUACGAAUCUCUACACAACGGCCAUCAGUAUCACGGAUGUGCUUGACCGGAAGGUCAACGUUACAUUGGUGCAGUUGCCGAUAGAGUGGGACAACUGGAGGAAUUUCACCUUUUUCCCAGAUAAAUCCAGCGAUCUGAAGGGCUAUGUAUUGCGGACGUCCGUGCUUAAUUAUUUGCCGUUUACGGGUUACGAACUUUUGGUAUGUAUGGCGGAUGGGGCCGGCAAUGCUUUCGAUUCGGCAACGGGCAAACGAUCGAUAUGGUUGGAUGGGACGGAACUACAAUUGCUGGUAUCCUUUUGCGAACGUCGGAAUUGUAACAUUCUGGUCUUACCUGAAGAUGAAGAUGAGUGGGGUGAAGUGUAUCCGAAUGGUACUGGCAACGGGUUGAUGGGCAGUGUAGCCGAGCGUCGAACCGAUAUUGCAUUUGGAGCAUUCUAUCUCUGGCUCAAGCCGUACAAUUUCUCAACCUACACGGCAACCAUUAGUCGAUCCAGUGUAACCGUGCUCGUACCCAAGCCGAAGGUGCUUCCCUUCUGGCGAACACCUUUCCUAACGUUCUCUCUGCCACUGUGGAUAGCCGUGUUGGUUACACUAAUUGCCGGUAUUGUAGCAACAUGGUUUGCCGAGACAGUACGGCACCGUUUGCUGCAACAUUCUGUUGAUACCGAUCAGCGUGCGGCGAAUGAUCUGAUCGCAGAACAACUUACGCUGAGCGAUUCCGUGCUCAUGAUGGUAGGAUUCUUCGUGGCCCAAUCGUCGUCCAUACGAAACGAUCUUUGGUCGUGUGUUUUCCUGUUUGCCUCCCUACUGUUGGCCGGGUUUAUGGUGAGCAAUCUGUACAGUGCUGGUUUGUCUAGCAUCAUGACGGUUCCGCAGUACGAAAAAUCAAUCGACUCCUUAAAGGAUUUCGCUGCAAGCAAAAUGCCAUGGUAUGGUCCCACACCUUACUGUUUGGCUGAGAUUUGGAAUGCUACUGAACCUAAUUUGCAGCAAAUUAAUAAAACCUAUGCUUCAGUCGGCCUUGAAGAGAUGAAACAAUAUGCGCAUGUGGGUGCCAGUGGCUUCAUUAUCGAACAGGCACAGCACGGCAACUUUGCACCAAACAAUUUUCUUGAUCGAGAAUCUUCAACGACUUUACAACCGUUGAAGGACUACAUUUAUACGCAAAACUGUGCGGCUCUGAUAACCAAUACUAAUCCUUUGCUGUCGAAUCUUAAUGAGUACAUUUUACGAGUACAGCAGUCUGGAUUAUUGUACCAUCUCGGCACACGAACCGCCAUUCGGUACCUUCCGACGGACGUAUUGCAAAACAUCGAACAUUCCAGGAAUCAUCAGCACAAUGAAGGUGCGGUAACGUUGGAAAUUGGCCACUUUUUGGGCGCAUUCUUCAUACUGUGCUAUGGACUAUUGUGUGCUGGGCUUGUGUUUGUAGGUGAACUGUGGGGCACAAUAAUCAUACAACGAAUGAAUGAGAUGCUCAUGUGGAAGGUACCAUAUAUAACUCCCGAUUGA